GUGCCAACUGUCACCAUGACUCCACUUACCCCCAGCUCGGUCUACCACCCCCCUCACAACCACCCUCAUCUCCGUCGCGUCUCGCCGGAACCGAUCGCCGCCGCCGCCGCCGCCGCCGCUCCAAUGGCACUGCGGAUCUCCUCUUCCGCUCUCCUCCCGAGGAGCUCGCCAUCCCCGCCUCCCGGAGCCGACGGCGACUCCGCGAGGCCGGCCUCCGUCCUCGAGCUGAGGCCGCGUGGACCGGCCGGCCCCGGCCGCCUCCGCCUCCGCGGCUCCGUCCGCGCGGGCGGCAACACCAACUCCACGGACUGCAACGGCGGCGGCGGCGGCUGCGGCGGCGGCGGCGGCGGCAAGAAGAAAGGAUCGGUGCCGAGCUCCAACUACGUGGUGCCGCUGGACAAGUCGGUGUCGGCGUCCUACUCGUCGUGCAUAACCCGCCCUCUCGCCGAGAUCCUCCGGGACCUCAACAAGAAGAUCCCCGACAACAUCAUCAAGUCGCUCCCAAAUGCUCCCGACAGCGAUCCCGAUCACGACCCCGACCAGGCCUCCAACUUCAUCCCCUGGUACCAUGCGAACCGGAUGUUGAGCUUCUAUGCCCCUGGAUGGUGUGGAGAAAUACGUGAUGUUAUAUUCUCGGACAAUGGAAGUGUAACGGUGGUGUAUCGGGUCACAGUGCGAGGAUCGGAUGGAGAGGCUCAUCGGGAGGCGACUGGGACGGUAUCACCUGCUGAUGGUCACGAUGCAGAUCCAGUUGCUGCAGCAGAGGAAAUGGCUUUCUGCAAAGCAUGUGCUCGAUUUGGUCUUGGUUUGUAUUUAUAUCACGAAGUAUAGACGUCAGAGAUCACGCGUGGAUCUACCCUGUUUACUUGACUGAGAAGAAGGGUGGUGCCAAUGCAAAUAAACGAGCGAUGUCGCUCCUUGUAGGCAUAUGAACGUAGCUUUGGAUUGCGAUACACCGAGUUGAAGAUUGAUUUGUUGAUUAUAUUGUUCAUUUCACAA